AUGAAGCUUUCCGCUCUCAUCGUUUUCGUUUCUUCUUGCGAGGCAGGAUGGAGACAGCAUCGCGAGGGCAACAUGUCUAAUCCUGAAGCCAAAGCUGCAUGGAAAAGACAAUUGAAGGCUUUUCGACAGUGCAAAAGAUCCAAGUGCCAAGCUCAAUGUCCAGAUAAAAACUGGUUGCAGGAGUCUUGCUUUACUUGCCUCAAGACCUCGCAAUGCCCUCUUCCAGACCGAGUGAAUAAGGCGAUUGAAUGUGCGCAAGAAUCGUGCUCAAAAGAAUGCGUUGGAGAUUUGUUCAAUGAAAAAUGCUCGCAAUGUCGAACAGAAAACUGCCCUCAGAAACAGCGAGGACAGGGCAAGCACCACGGACAGAAAGAAAGACAAAACAGUCGAAAAAAUGGACCUCUUGCCGUCUUGAACAAGUACACUCUCACGAGACCAGGAAAGCUGACGAUUUCAGAUGGUUCUGCUGCUUUUAGACGAUGUGCUAUGGGCAUGUGCGUCCAGGAGUGCGUCCUCAACCCCGACGAUGUCAAAUGCGAAGAGUGCAUCACUAGUUAUUGCCAGCGCGCAAGCGACAACUACACAUGCAUUGCUGCCGAACAAGAAUCAGGAAAGCUGUUCUUCUGCUCCAAUGUGGCCACUUGCGCCGGUGCCAACGCUGGUGGAGUGCGCGUUCAAGCUUUGGGUUCAUAUUUUAGCCAUUUUUAUUAA